AUGACGGCUCGUCAUGACGGCGUAACGAUACGGUCCCCACAGGGCGGUGACGGGCGCGCAGGCAGCCCCCUCCAGCGCGCCCCUUUCCCCGAGCAGGAAGCCGCGACCCGCCCAGCGCAGCCCGAUCCUGUCCCUCGGUCUGCUGUCUGCUACGGCCCCGUCCUCUGCCUCCAUUCCGCCGUCCUGCAUACCUCUCCUCCCCUGUGUCCGAUCCUGCCCUCCCCGGAUCCCCAUCUCACAUUCCUCGCCGAUCCUCGCACACUCGGGCCACCGCUAAUCGAGCAGGAGACCUGCCUGUGGCGUGCCUCGCCUGCUGUCGACUCAAAACCGCCUCGACCUUCCGUCUGUUCAACCAAGUCCCGUCCUCGCCGCCACUCAGCCGCUGGGUGCUCUCGUCCUCUGCGUCGGACCAUCCCGCGGCGGUGCCUGCAAGUCGUGCUCAUUGCACCUGGACUUGAUCACGACGGGCCUCGUUGCGUCCUACGACCGCCCAGGAAAUCUCGAAGGAAAAGGAAGACCUCGCCGCGAGAGACGAGUGCGGUCUCUCUCACCAUUCACGCGCCGUACGAACACGUUGGGGAAGACGGCGGCCCCAAAAUCAUUCCACCUUCAGCUUCUCUCGAUACUCCAUCUGUGACCGUCAAGAUGCCGUCCCGAUUAUCAACGCCUGUCCUAACGGUGGACGCGGCCAAGAUCCGCAAGGUGGACACGGCCAACACCCAGAGCCUCCACGGCAUGUGGCUAGUUUUCUCCAAAUGUGCAGACUACAUGGAAGAGGGUCGCCGGCUAGAGAACCUGAGUUGGCGAUUGUGGACCCGCGAGACCUUCUGCGUUGAGCCUGAGAGCUCCUGCGACACUUCCGUCCUGCCCUUACUACGUGCCGAAGCCGGCGAAGUCCCUCCCUUGUCCGCCAGUGUCGAUUCCGCUGCCUCCGAUGACGCCGAAAGGAUAGAGUCUCACAUCAAACGCCCGCGGACAGGGGACUACAAGCCUGCCGUGGUAGGAGAGGAUCCUAUGGUCAUGUGCCGCGGCAAGGAGAAGCACAUCACGUCCCUGGGACUGGAGCGAAUGGUGCUCAACAUCAAGGAGAAGAAGGGCCUCGAGCCGUUGUCGGCCCAGGUCAACCCGAUCGCGCCGCCCGUGGUCGACGUGAUGCCACGGGCAUCCUCGCCCACGCCCGCUCCUGAAGCCGAGUCGUCUUCCUAUUCUGCCAUGCGUCAGCCGCUUCAAUCCGCCGAGUCCUGCUCCACCACCGCCCCUGAGGGCAACGAGAGCGAUGCCGUCACUGGCGGCGGCUCUGAUACCAGUGUUUCCUCGUCCGGCGUCCUUCCUUCCCAGCAAGCGCUCAACAAGUGUCCCAGCAUCGUGCGUGGGUUCUCGCCUUCCCAGGUAUCUUCUUCGUAUCGGUCGAAUCCGAAACUCGCUGCCGACAAGGGCACCGCCGACAAAGCGACGACGCAACAGCAGCAACAGCAACAGAAGCCUCCUCCGGCGAAGCGAAAGGGAGGCAUGUUCACGCUGGGCGGUUCCUCUGGCGAUGAUGAGAGCUCAUUCGAAGAACACAUGGCGUCUCCAGCUCCCCAACGCAGCUCGCUCACGGAGGAAUUGAGCAAGCCUAGCAGCGCCGCGAAGAAAGUGGCCUCGUUCAAAGACGAGGUGGAAUCCCGGACGAUCAAGGAGGGUGCCCACGAAGACGAAGACGCCAUCGAGACGGAAGACGAAGAGAUCUCGGAGAGCGCGAUCGAGGAUGACGAGGAUGAUGACUGGGAAGACUCGGUGACGGAGAGCGGGCAAUCCAGCGUGGACGACAAGGAGCUCUUCCAGCGGGUCGACUCGCGGCCGAAUCUGGUGUCGCGACGGUCGUUGCUGACGAUGAUGAUGCACCAGCCGGCUAAGAUGAACACUACGCGGUCGACGCCAGCUCUGCAGCGGUCCCGACUCACCUCACCGAACGGUCCCUCGGUCGGCGGCUCUCCGGAGGACGAUGGCGAGAACCUGACGAUGCGGGGACCGGAUGUGCCACGGUCGAAGCCGAUCAUUGUCAAGCAGGCACCACAGUCGGUCGCGCACUCGCCUCGGACGACGCGGCGGAACAUGUUGGCUACGGAAUUGACGGAAUCGCUGCGCCGGCACCUGCUGUGGGAACGGCAGCAGAAGAGCUCGACGGCGAACGCAGUCUUCAAGCGACGCCACACGGCGCACGACAUGGCCAAUCUGAAGGACUACCCCGGACCGAAUCGCAAAGGGUCGAACGCGGGCGUCAACGUGCCGGGCGGCAGUGCAGCGUCGAAGGACAAGGAAUCGAAGAACAGCUCGUGGAAUAAUUACAAUGACUACGGGCCGUGGGAGUACCACGUGAAGGGGUGGUAG